CCCAGCAUGCCCCGGGCUUCCGGUGACCUCUGGCCCUUUUCUGUCGUCCGCUCCUGCUGCUUAGCGUGCUCGCUCGCGCGUUGCUUUCCUCCACGCUCCCGGCUUCCUCCCCACGCUGCCCGGUGACCGUGGCGCCCGCGACCGGCGCGGCGGCGGCGGAGGACAGUCGUCAUGGCCGCCUCUAAGCCCAUAGAGGCGGCGAUGGCGGCGGCUGCUGCGCCCGGUUCUGGAAAUGGAGUGGGCGGUGGCGGUGGGACUGCGGGCCCCGGCUCGGGCGCGGGGACCCUGCCGCGAUGGCACGUGGCGCUGGCCAUCGGGGCGCCCCUGUUGCUGGGUGCUGGGGCCAUGUACCUGUGGAGCCGAAGGCGGAGGCGCCGGGAAGCGGGGGGCCGGGGCGACGCCAGCGGCCUGAAGCGCAACAGUGAACGAAAGACCCCAGAGGGCAGGGCCAGUCCGGCCCUGGGCAGUGGCCACCCCGACGGUUCGGGUGACUCCCUGGAAAUGAGCUCUCUGGAUAGAGCACAAGCAGCCAAAAACAAAGGCAACAAAUAUUUCAAAGCAGGAAAAUACGAGCAAGCUAUUCAGUGCUACACCGAGGCUAUUAGUUUGUGCCCUACUGAGAAGAAUGUGGACCUUUCUACAUUUUAUCAGAACAGAGCUGCUGCCUUUGAACAGUUGCAAAAAUGGAAAGAAGUGGCACAAGAUUGUACAAAGGCUGUUGAACUUAAUCCCAAAUAUGUGAAAGCUCUCUUUAGACGUGCAAAAGCCCAUGAGAAGCUAGACAAUAAGAAGGAGUGUCUAGAAGAUGUCACUGCUGUGUGUAUAUUAGAAGGGUUUCAAAAUGAGCAGAGCAUGCUGUUAGCUGAUAAAGUUCUUAAACUUCUUGGGAAAGAAAAUGCCAAAGAAAAAUACAAGAACCGUGAACCUCUGAUGCCAUCUCCACAGUUUAUUAAAUCUUACUUCAGUUCUUUCACCGAUGAUAUAAUUUCUCAACCAAUGCUUAAAGGAGAGAAGUCUGACGAAGAUAAAGACAAGGAAGGAGAAGCUUUAGAAGUAAAAGAAAACUCUGGAUAUUUAAAAGCCAAACAAUACAUGGAAGAAGAAAACUAUGACAAAAUCAUAAGUGAAUGUUCGAAGGAAAUAGAUGCUCAAGGCAAGUACAUGGCCGAAGCUUUACUACUGCGAGCCACCUUCUACUUGCUCAUUGGCAGCGCCAACUCCGCCAAGCCGGACUUAGACAAGGUCAUCAGUUUGAAGGAUGCGAAUGUGAAGCUUCGAGCAAAUGCCCUUAUCAAAAGAGGCACCAUGUGCAUGCAGCAGCAGCAGCCUAUGCUGUCUACUCAGGACUUCAACAUGGCUGCUGAGAUUGAUCCUAUGAACUCAGACGUUUAUCACCACCGAGGACAGCUGAAAAUUCUGCUGGAUCUAGUUGAAGAAGCAGUGGCGGAUUUUGAUGCCUGUAUCAGAUUAAGACCAAAGUUUGCUCUGGCUCAGGCUCAGAAGUGCUUUGCAUUGUAUCGCCAGGCAUAUACAGCAAACAAUUCUUCACAAGUCCAGGCAGCUAUGAAAGGUUUUGAAGAAGUCAUAAAGAAAUUUCCAAGGUGUGCUGAAGGCUAUGCACUUUAUGCCCAGGCAUUAACAGAUCAACAACAGUUUGGUAAAGCUGAUGAAAUGUAUGAUAAAUGUAUUGAUUUGGAACCAGAUAAUGCUACAACUUAUGUUCAUAAAGGUUUACUUCAACUUCAGUGGAAGCAAGAUUUGGAUAAAGGUUUGGAGCUUAUCAGCAAGGCUAUUGAAAUUGACAACAAAUGUGACUUUGCAUAUGAGACCAUGGGGACUAUUGAAGUGCAGAGAGGAAACUUGGAGAAAGCCAUUGACAUGUUCAACAAAGCUAUCAAUCUGGCCAAGUCGGAGAUGGAGAUGGCUCAUCUGUAUUCACUCUGUGAUGCUGCCCAUGCCCAGACAGAAGUAGCAAAGAAAUACGGAUUAAAACCGCCGACAUUAUAAAUACCAGGGGAACAGACUGACUCCUUUACAAGAAGUUUACCCCUCUUCAACUGAACCCUGAAGACACUGUCAUGAAUUGUUGAACGGUGGAACUUAGUAGUCCCUUUGUGAUGUUGUCAUUCGUUACAUCUGUCUCAUGUUUAGGUGUAGUGGGCGUGGCUGUUGAAGGAAGUUUGCAGUCUUUCAGCUUUAUUCCCUGUGCAACAAAAGCUUAGAGCCUGUUAAAGGGAUAUUAAGACAAAGUUGUAGAAUACAAACACAAUUGGCCAUGCAAAUAAAAACUUUGAUUUGUUGAUUUGUUUUUUUUUUUUUUUAAUAUUGGGGUGGGGAUUAUGUUCUGAAUGAUUUUGUUUUUAUAGCUGUUUGUAUAAUAUGUGAGUGUUUUAUAGUAUGUUAGUCUUUAACAUAGUAAGUGCUGUAAAAUAUACUUUUGUAUUCAAUUAAUCCUUUUUAAUUUUUUUUGAAGGAUGAAAAGCUUCAAUAUGGAUAUCAGUAAAAUUGAAAGACUUUAUUGUCAGCAUGCACAGUGCCUCUGAUUCUGUAGAACUUUAGUAAAUUAUGCAGAAGCAAAUAUUCUGAUUGAUACUUGUACAGGAAGACUUAAUGAGGGACUGAACGAGGAAGGUAAGAUGAACGAGACAUGUAUAUACUUGCCCGUGCCUAUUCCAUAGUAGGUACUAUUUAAUAGUCUGCUUCUUAACGGAAGUGGGUGUAUGUGAACAGCCCACGUACAGAUGGAGUAUAUGUGAGGAUACAUAGGAAUAUUUAAUUAGCUUAAAUUUUCUAGUGUCAGAAAUUUGGUAACGGUUCAAAAGGAUGUCAGUCCUGGAGCCAGGGCAUACUUUUUUGAAGUGGAAACUUUAGUGAUGUAGCUGUGGCUGUAAAGUUAAGAGAUUUGAGCCAGUAUUUCCAGAGAUGUCUGAAACAGAGUACUUUUGUAUUGAGGUGACCUUAACCUCUAAGGACUGAUGGUCUACGUCACAUCUCCAGGGAUACUGACAGCUGACUUUACUUUGUUCUGUUCAUUUUUAUUUGUACCUCAUCUCUUUUGAAUCUCUAAGCUAUUUCUAUUUAUCACUUUCACAGACUAUCUCUUUUACUUAUUUAUAUGCUGGAUUUUUCUGGUUGGGGAAGGAUGUGUUCUUACUGAGUCUGUUUCCAAAAUCCAGGACAGGUUGAGGUUUAUUUAAGAGGAAUGACUUUUAAAAAAAAAAAAAAGCAAACCUGUUAAGACUUACGGACAUAAAGUCUAAUUAUAGUUUACAUUGUUGAGAGUAAAGGAGCAUUUUACACUCUUAUUUAAAAGGGUGCUUUAUCCCACUGAAACCAAAAUGAUUUUGUCUACAAAUGCUGUCUUUUUAGGAAAUAUUAGAAGUGACUCCUUUUAAAGUCAGUUUUUGGACGAUGCUGGUAAGCUUGUGGCUGAUUUCAAUAGGAGCAGUUAACGUAAUUUAAGGUGACUGGGAUAAUGGAAAGUCGGAGAGCUCUUCAUUUUGUUGUGAAAUAAUUCUCCAAUGAUGAUAACCCUAAAUACAGAAAUGUCCUACAUCUCUGAAUGUGACCUCUUCGCUUAAAAGUUUUUUAUUUGCAUGGCUGUAUUUACAUUACUAGGGACAUCUCUACUCUGCUCCCUUAUUUCUUGGGGUUGGGUAGAAAACACUGAAGCAUGUGCCAUUCAAUAUGUCAUUCCAGAUUCUCGAAAACGUUUUUGCUUGUUGUGAACAUGUUUGAAACUGCACUGAAAGCUGCAUCUGUCUGUAUCUUUACUUUUGUAAAUGGCUUCACAUGUAAAUUCACAAAAUAAAUACUACAUUCAAGCUUUUCUAUCCAUUUUUGAAACAGAAAGAUAGGAAAUUUGUUGUUUUUUUAACUGAAACCCUUUAGUCAGUUUCUUGUUGAUUCAAAGGUAUAUACAAGUUUUUAUUGGUGUGGUCAUGAAGUUUCCUGUGAAUAUUCAUGCCUCUUAAGUGAAACAAAGCUCUAUGAAGAGCAGUAGCGAGGGUUCCCUCUUUAUGUGUGUCUUAGACUUGUACAGCGGCUUAGAAAGCCAUCCUUCAGAUGUCAUCAUGGGUCCGGGCUCUUCCUGCUCAUUUCACAAGGGAGUUUAGUCAUAGUCUCAACCCUGGAGAGAACCUGAGAACCUAAGUAAGCUAAAGCUGUAAACAGCAGAGGGCAACUUCAAAGGGGAGUAAGUAAAAAAAAAAAAAAAAAAAAAAAA